AUGACAGCAUUGCGCGAAGACAACAGAUCCGUCGCACCACUCGACGCGAACAUAGGCGUCACCCGCAGAUUCGAAGAUGGCCUGAUACUGCAUGAUCCGAAUCGAGACCUCUUCACAGCAGAUGUUCUUUCGGAGUCCGCGGCCGGUCUCCCAUGGCCAUACGACGGCACCGAACCAACCCUACCCGAGUCCGUCCCUAAAGCAGACGAAAGCUUGAACAUCUUUCUCAUCUUCCAGACCACCCCAGAUGAGCGUCAAACAAUACAAUCCGCAAUCCAGCAAGCUGUAGACCAGGCCCAAGCGUCUCAAAUCCAUUGCGAAACGAAACCAACUGUCCAUCUCAUACAAUGGGAGCACAAUUGCUCCCCAUCCCGUCACGAUAUCAUCCGCAUGUGGGCAACGUACACGCAACAUUUCAACCGCACGGACAGCAUGCACUUUCUCGAGUUCCUAUCGGAGACGGAUGUCUCAAAAGCGCAGUUUAUAACAAUCUACGACAACGAGUCCUACCCACUCAUAAUAGCCCGAAACAGCCUAGAUGCCGUAGUAGAAGAAGCCCUUGGCUCCAGCACACGACUCUCGCACGUCGACUCUAUGCAUUUCUCCCAGUUAUCAGAUAUUGAGCUCCUUCAUCCCCCGGACACAUCAUUCGCGCCAAAUCCCUUCCCCUGGAAGUCCCCAGACCGCCGCGCGAUUAAACGCAACCUCAAAUCAGAGAUCCAAACCAUCACCUACGCCGACUUAGACGGCGAGCUUAAAGUCUGCUGCUUCGUUCCAUGGACACCUACGCCCUACUUCCCAGCGCUGAAUGCGCCCAACGACAACGGGUUAGUCGCACGCAUCUGGUCCAUCCUCUUCGAGAUGCAGAAUUACAAACUCGCAGACCCAGAAUUCUACAUUGAGCCACCCUACUUCUUCAUCGAUGCGCAGUCAGAAUUCGACCAGACCGUUAUCGCCAUGUACACAGACAGGUACUCCGACCUCUCAGCGCUCGUAAACGAGACGGAGACUGAGUCUGCGCACGAUAUCCUUUCGGAUAUCACGGAUCCUCCGAUAAGUGGAUUCAUGUAUGGACGGACUCGGGGUCAAUACGCGCACAACUUGUCUGCGAAUCUGAGUAUCGCGAAUAUGGGCUUUGAGGAGUUUUUCGAGGGCAGGGAGGAAGAGAUUGUCAGAGUGAGUGGCCCGAGGUUGUCCGGACUAAUGGCGGGGGAGGAAUAG